UGUGUUAUUCUGAAAAGAGGCGGAGUCUGUGAGUAGGCUGACAGAGGGUGAAAAGCUGCAGAGGACGAUAUGUCGGCUUUAAGGGUGCACAGGGUCCUGCAGAACAUUGCAAGACAUGGCUGGAGAGCCCAGUCUACUGCUCCUCAUGCCGCAACAUCUGCCUCCUCGUCUGCCGGACAGGGUUUUAAUUUUGAACUCAGUGAGCAGCAGAAGGAGUUUCAGGCCACUGCUCGGAAAUUUGCAAGAGAAGAGAUAAUUCCAGUGGCUGCUAACUAUGACAGAACUGGAGAGUACCCAGUACCUCUCAUUAAAAGGGCCUGGGAGCUUGGCCUGAUGAAUGGGCACAUACCUGAACAUUGUGGAGGCCUUAACCUUGGGAUUUUCGACACGUGCCUUAUUACUGAAGAAAUUGCUUAUGGGUGCACUGGGAUCCAAACAGCCAUAGAAGCCAAUUCACUUGGGCAAAUGCCAGUUAUACUGGCAGGAAAUGAAGCCCAACAAAAGAAGUAUUUGGGAAGAAUGACCGAAGAGCCUUUAAUGUGUGCAUAUUGUGUAACAGAGCCAGGUGCUGGGUCGGACGUUGCAGGUUUGAAGACCAGAGCUGAAAAGAAGGGCAAUGAGUAUAUCAUCAAUGGGCAGAAGAUGUGGAUCACAAAUGGUGGAAAAGCUAAUUGGUAUUUCCUUCUAGCACGCACCAACUCAGACCCCAAAGUGCCUACAGGAAAGGCAUUCACUGGAUUUAUUGUAGAGGCUGAUACUCCAGGUGUACAGAUUGGUAGAAAGGAACUAAAUAUGGGCCAGAGAUGCUCUGACACCAGGGGGAUUGUUUUUGAAGACGUACGCGUUCCUGCUGAAAAUGUCCUGCUUACAGAAGGAGCCGGUUUUAAGAUUGCAAUGGGAGCUUUUGAUAAGACCAGACCACCGGUGGCAGCUGGGGCUGUUGGAUUAGCACAGAGGGCACUGGAUGAAGCCACAAAAUACUCCUUAGAAAGAAAGACUUUUGGAAGGCUUAUUGCUGAGCAUCAAGCAGUAUCCUUCCUGCUGGCGGAGAUGGCGAUAAAGGUGGAGCUUGCUAGAUUGGCCUAUCAGAGGGCCGCAUGGGAAGUGGAUUCUGGGAGAAGGAACACGUACUACGCAUCUAUUGCCAAGGCCUAUGCUGGGGACAUUGCAAACCAGGUGGCCUCCGAUGCCGUCCAAGUGUUUGGAGGAAAUGGGUUUAACAGUGAAUACCCAGUGGAAAAGCUAAUGAGAGAUGCUAAAAUUUACCAGAUCUAUGAAGGCACAGCUCAGAUACAGAGAGUCAUCAUUGCUCGUGAGCACUUAAGCAGGCAUAAAGAAUGAAUCCUGCUAUGGAGUUCAUAACAACUCAUUUAUCUAUGAUUGCUGAUAAUAAGAUGCCUUAAUCACAAGAUUUCUUGAUGACAAUACCCAAAGAUUUCAUUGGAAUAUAAACUAGUGGUGGUAACCCUUUUGGUAUUGCGAAUGUUUGGCACAUAAAGCAUUACUGCUCCUUGUAGAAAAAUGUGUAAAAUACAGUGGCUGCAUUUUAUGUUGUAAUCUAAUGAAUUUCUUCUUUGUACCUCCUUUUUAAAUGAGAAAUUGAAUCCAUCUCAGAAGAAUAAACAUUUUUCAGAAA